UAUGUCAAAACAGUAGCUUUAUGCUUCAAACCCACCUUUUUUUUGUUUUUAACUUCCUGCAGAACUGAAAACAUCCCUCAAUCUUAUUUUUGGCUAUGGUACUUAUGUGAGUUACGGUCUAGAGCCUUUUUCAACUAAUAGAAUAUUGUGAAAAAUGUUCACCUCUAACUGUUUUUUUAUUUAAAACAUUUACAAGUUGGGCUUCCUAAUUUCUGGUUCAUGAAUUUGACCUUGGAAAACUCAUUCUUGGUGAACCCCAAAAUCAACAAACCAAUUAGUAUUUCUGUUGAGCUUUCAUUUUCUCUUAAGUUGAUUAGUAUGUUGAUUUUUAUUGUUGGGGUUGUUAGUUUUUUUUUGUUUUUUGUUUUUUUGUUUUGACUUCACUUUAAGCAACCCCAUUUUUCUUUAUCUAUUAAAUUUAUCUUCUUUGUAACUGUAAUGGGCUUUGAUUCUUCAUUUGGGUUGUUCAAGAAUUGCUUAAAGGUGAAGAACUUGAGUUGAUCUUGAAAAUGGGUGUGACAAAAAGAUUGUAUUUUUUGAGGUUAAAGAGGAAAAACUAUGGUUUUUUGUUUAGAAUUAUCUUCAGUUUAUGGUUUAUCUUUGGAGGGUUUUGUCCAGUAAUGGGACUUAGGCCUCUAAGAGAAAGAUAUCAUUCUUGGGGAGAUGAGUCUGACGGAAACAGCAUCUCUACCUCCCAAGGUUGGGGUAAGGUCUGCGUACACUCUAUCCUCCCUAGACCCCACUUUGUGGGAUUUCACUGGUGGCUUCUUGUAAGAAAGGAUGAGAAUGAAUUGGGACCAUUUUCUGCUUGGAAUAUAACAGGAACUUACAGAGGGUCUUGGAGGUUCCUGGAUUCAACAAAUAACUCUUCCAGGUUUCCUGAUUUUAGGAAGUCCAAUGGCAACUCGGUCCUUGAAUUGAUAAGUAAUCCAACAAAAAUAACUGGUGUACAUUAUGUUCAGGGUGCAAUACUUUUCCAUGACGUUUUUGACAACGAACAUGGAGUUGGUGGUGCACAAAUCAGAGUAGAAGGUGUGUAUAUAUGGCCAUUCAGACAACUUCGAAUGGUAGCUUACAGUGGCAAAGAUGGUGAGUUUGGCCAGAAAGACGAUUAUCUGUUAUCAAAUCCGUAUCACUUGCUUGGAGUUUUCUCGUCCCAGAUCUUCCAGGAGUCUUCUCGAGAUAAGAUUUGGAAGAAGAAACACUCACCGUUUUACGAGAUGGAGAAACAUUGCAAUAUUGAAAUUGCUGCACAAAUUGCUCGUGUCUCAUCCUCCUCAAAUGAUGGAGCUCGUGAUCAUUAUCACCUAGAAGGAUUGAUGGAGAGCCCUUCAGUGGAUGCUGAUGGAGACUGUUUCUCACCAAUUCUAUUGAAUGCUACUUCUGUCAAUAUAGAGGUUUAUUACAACAAAGCGGUGAACUACACAUUGAUGGUCACAUUUAUAUCUUUUCUGCAAGUGCUCCUUCUGAUUCGACAAAUGGAACAUAGCAACACCCAAUCAGGAGCUGCCAAAGUUUCAAUUCUGAUGAUUGGACAACAGGCUAUUAUGGAUGCUUAUCUUUGUCUUUUGCAUCUGACCGCAGGGAUACUUGUUGGUAAGUUUGAUCAGCAGCUGUUCUCUUCGUAAUCAAAUCAUCUCAUUAAGGAUAAAAGGGGAA